AUGUUUGCUGGAAGUAAUCUUUCAUACCUAAGAGAUUGCUCUUCUCCAAAAAUUUUUUUAAAAUUUUUAAGACGGAGAAGCUCCAGUUGAAUGAAAUGGUAUAAUUUGUUUUCCUUAUAGUCCAUGAAAUGUCCUGCUUCACUUUCUGUUUUUGCUCUCUUCCGUGGGUUGUUGUUCUCUGACUGUCAGCCAUUGUGGAUAUCCCAGAGUACUCCGCGUUGAGUGAAGCAAUAGUGAAACUGACCAGGGAGGGAAUGGGAAAAAUUGUUAGUAACCCCCAAAGCGAUUAAGUUAAGGUCGAAACCAACACAUUUAACUUAUAAAAACGCGUGGUAACCCCUACUUUUUAUCUUACCAAAUGAAAGUAAUAAGCCUACUCAGCAAACGAUCAAUUUUUGGUUCGGGGAAAAUGUCGUUUACACUAUUUUUAAGGCAAACGCGUGGAGAGGGGUAACUGGUGAUAACUUCCCAGUUGCGCUGUCAUUUCAAAAAAGACGUAUAAAGAGCAGUUGUUAUGUUAUGAUUUGUUGCUUAUUUUGAAACCUUGUUACAAUUAUCAUUGCAUUUGUGCCAGUUUACGUGUACACUCUGAAAUUUGGGGAAAAAUAACUUUUUAUCAUUUCUCUAAAAAAUGCCCAUUGCGUUUUUCUCCAUAUCGAAGCGCAGUUAUCUCUAAAAAAUACGUGGUUACCCCCACUUUUCUUUUUGGAUUUCAAUAGCCGCUGAUAUGAUCUACUUGUCUCACAUAGCCAUUAUCUGGGAAAAAAUACUUCCCGUUAGUGGGCACCGUCCUCAAGCACCUCAGAUUUUUUUGUUAAAGAUGUAUCCGUUGCAAGAUUUCCAUCAAAGUACAUUUAGAUCAUGAUUUUCAGGGCAGGAAUCUCUCGCUGUAAACAAAAGUCUUCAUUCGAGCCUAGUGGCCCUGCACCAAGUCGGAUCUUAUCCCGGUUUCCGUGGCCUAAAGUAAUGAAUAUGCUUCCUUUUGGUUUGUUACGCCCCUAAAUUAUUACUGCACACGUUUUGCCUUCGCUGGAGCAAAAAACCUAUUCUGGACCCAAACUCUCUGAUUUCUAUACCCCUACCUAUAAAUCCCAUGUGUGGCAGUACCCUCCCCUCCCCCCCAUCGCUAAACUGUGAUGUAUUUGCCGCGGUCAAAUUAAGGGAAUGAACAGUGUUUUAGAUUUAGUGCUGUGAUAGUAGAACACUUUUUUUUUUACCAAGACCCGCUAAUAGUAACAGUGUUAUUGCGGCAUAACACACCGCAUACGGACCUGAAGUGCUACAAUAGUCUAACAUUGACUGUCAAUCAAUGGCUGAAUGGUGCCACCGUCACUGCACCUUUUCCUUUGUGAAUUUAACCUUUUUAUUAUCCUUUCAGACCUUUCAGUUAGUGUAGGUUGUGUGUGCGCGUCAUUUAAAUAUGCACGCGCUCUCUUUUGGUGUGCAAUUAAUUCGUUAUUCAGUAUCAUGCUUCUCUGCUUCAAGUGUUUCUAGUGUCGUUUUGUAGAAACUGGGUUUCAUUUUGGGUAGCUUGCAAGGGCGGCUGUACCACACUGCUUUUGUCAUUGUUGACAGUUUAACACAAGGGCUGCUGUCUCGGUUAUUUCCCUUUAGUUAUUCCUUAUCCUCUUGGCCUGUUGAUUCAGAUAGCUUGCUUUAAGUUUGUCUACUUGAGGGUUCUUCAGCUAGGGUUGUUUUGUUGACUGGCUUUGCCUGGAGUGGGGCAGCACCGGUGGUCUCCAGAAUUGUGUAUGGCGUUUUCUGUGCCCUCACUUUCACAGGCCUCGAUUCUGUUACAAACAGUUUGUUGAAAAUGCAUAUUUGAAUAAACGCAGCUAUGAGAACAGGCUCAUAGCCAUUUUCCUCCACACUUAGUUGUGUUUAUUUUGCCCAGUAAACAGAGCUCAGGCAAACCAGCAUAUUCUAGCUCUUAUUAAGAGAAUUGGGACGGGAAAAGGCAUAAUUAAGGUGAACAUCAUGUUGAAUGAUGAACACAAGCUUCGGGUAGAUCCACUAGUUCUUAUGACAAAAGAUGAUCUAAAAACACGACAAAUUGAAGGGGCGUAACAAGAUCUUAUCAGAGGAUAAGUACCAUAUAUUUCGCCUUUCUUAACGUUUCUGAGUUUUUCUAAUAUAAAGAAAGAAACAAACACUAAGAAUAGUAAAGAAAGUUUCAGAGUGUUUUCCGUGUACCGUUUAAAGUUGAUAGCGGCGGGUAAAGUAUCAUUUACAUUCUAUAAAAAUAACCGCGUUGGGCAUUGCUUUUCGAAAUAAGCAUGAAAUUAUGAUAAUUUGUUAUAUAGUUUUACCAUAAAAUUGCCUUUUCUAACUCGCUCUUUUCUUUAAUUUGUUUAAACAUUCUCGCCCGAGGGUUAGAGGCUCCUGCUUGGCGGACUUCUUCUUUCAUAGUUUAGUCGAACGAUCAAAUAAUAAUUAUAAUUGUUAUAUUCCUAGACUUUCACUCAACUAAACAGGGACUGCCAUUGGUUGAUUCUUGGUCACAUAGCCUUGACUAAAAUCAAAUGUAUCCCGAACGUAUUACAUUUGAGCGGAUACAUUACAGCACGUGAUCAAAGCAUGGUGGAAAGUGGCUUGACAGAAGGCGAGAAAAACACUGUUGAAGUGAAAGUCUAGAAAUAUAACAAAACAGUUUAUGUCAGGUCCCUCGGGAAACCAGUUAGUUUUGUCUUUCCUCGAGUCCUGAUGUUUCCCUCGACUUCUUCUAGGGAAGAAACUGUUUCCCUCGGGAUCUGACAUUAAGUGUAUAAUGUAACUCAGUUGGGUAAAUCAAGAAGCUAAAGCUAUACGUGUGCGCCACUGAGAAAUUAAACGGAGAAAUAAAAUUGUUAUGAUUACAGUGGUCAAUUGAGAAGUGGUGCUAACAGAAGUGGGGGUUUGGGUUUGUGGAUGGAACUGUCCGCCCGAUUUGCAGGACGGGGGAAAACCAGCGGCUUGUUUAUAACGGGCACAAGAGGGUACAUGCCCUCAAAUUUCAGGCUGUUGCGCUUCCUAAUGGGCUUAUUGGACAUUUGUUCGGUCCUGUGGGUAAGACGAGUUAUUCCUACAAAGUCUCUUUUGUUUUGGUUUUAAGUCACCGGUUUUGGCUUAGAAAAAUUUACCAUUUGAACAAUGGUGUUUUCAGAAGGAAAGAGGCAUGAUGCUGCCAUGUUGGCUAUCUCUAAUUUUCUCACCGCUUUGGAGCACAAUGCUGUAUCCCAAACUGGCCAACAGAUGUGCAUAUACGGAGACCUGGCCUAUCCUUUAAGGGUAAAUCUCAUGGCACCGUUCAGAGGGACCGCCCUGACAGCGCAAAUGGAAGCAUUCAAUGAUUCUAUGUCGAAUGUGCGUACGUCCUUCGUGUGGUUGUUUGGAGACAUUGUUGAGUAUUUCAAGUUUAUGAACUUUAAAAAAACCUUAAAAUAG